UACCCGCCCCAAUAGUGCUCGCCACCCGCUACCGCGUGCAGCGUUCCCACCACGCUCCCGAUUCCAAUUCCUAUUCUCCCCAGAAAUCCAGCCAAUACCGCUUCCCCACUGAAAAAUCAUUAAAAACGAGGAAAAAUUAACUAUAGAAUUGGGAAAAUUCUCUCUUUCUCAUUCUCUCCCACGAUCCCCAAAUCAGCUCAAGGCUUCAGGUCGAUGGCAUAAUUUUAUGCAGGUUCUGUAAGUUUGAUAUGGUUACAGAGCCCCUCUCAUCGAUGACAAAUGAGGAAAAUGUUAUAACUGAGCAACCAGUUGGCAGGUUAGUCCCCAACAAAAAGAACACGGGAAAAGUCCCAAAGAAAGAACACAAAGCUAAGAGAGAAAAGCUGAAACGUGAUCAUUUAAAUGAGCUCUUUUCGGAGCUGGGCCAUGCUCUUGAACCAGCUAAGCAGAAUAAUGGCAAGGCCUCUAUAUUAGGUGAUGCCACUCGGUUGCUGCAGGAUCUUAUUGCACGGGUAGGAUCUCUCAGGAAGGAAAAUGCUGCCUUGGUGUCUGAAUCUUGCUAUGUUGCUGUGGAAAAGAAUGAGCUUAUAGAUGAGAAUGCUGUCCUUGGAGCUGAGAUAGCGAGACUGCGAAAUGAGCUACAUGAGAGGAUGCACACCAAUACUGUGUGGCAUAAUGGAGCAGAGGUGGCUCCUCCCACUCUACCACAACCCACAAGUGCAGUUCUGCCAGUGCAGCAGCCACCUGUCGGACCCCUCUAUGUCACCCCCCUCCACCAAGAUCUGCAUCCUUCCUCAGACACUGGAAAUAUACCAACUUCGAAACCCCCUUCCCAUGUGAGGAGGCCGCAUGCCAGAUAUCCCACACCGUCAGACUCCUGGCCAUUAGAGCUUCUUUCGAGGCAUCAAAGAGCAGCACAUGAAGCACUGCACAACAGCACCACCACCACCACCACCACCACCACCAUAUUGAAUAGUAGGGAAGAAGGCACAGAUAAAGCGGAUGGAUCCAUCUGAGAGAUAUACAUGAACACCCUGACUCUCAGAUAUCUCAGUAUUGAGAGCAUUAGUCAUUGGAACAUGUAGCAUCACCAUUGAUGAUGAUGAUGAUGAUAAAAUGCAUCGAGUUAAUGAGAAGGGAUUUAUAAUCAUAUGCAUGUAGCUGGAUCAAUGUAUCUUUGUCAUAAGAUUUUGAAAUUUGAAUUCGGGGAUGUCUGCAUGCA